AUGAACCCGAUUUUUCUUCAGGAGAUCGAUGACACGCAGCGCCUGAUCGACCACUGGUACCAAAUGACCUCCGCAAGUUUGCACUCCGCCUAUCACUCAUUUAUGGGCCAACUUCAGCAAUUAGAGGCCCACCUGAGCGGGGAGGCCGGGCUUCUGACGCCGAUGUUGCCCCUUUCCGAGGACCCGGCGGGGCUCCACCGGGUCUCGCCGUCCGUCAGCCACGGCCCGGUGGACUACGACCCCUUCACCGACGACGGCAAGGAGGCCAGCGCGGACCACGAGGACCCCCAGGGCCCCCCGACGGACUACAACCUCCCCUGCCAGGUCCUCGUCCAGUUCAAGCGGAAGCGCAUUUUGCAGUACGCCUCGCCCUAUUAUGUGGCCCCGGGGGAAUAUGUGGUGGUGGGGGGCGAUCGGGGCGAGGAUAUCGGGCUGGUGACCCACUCGCGGACCCCCGACGGCGACGCCGUGAACUCGGCCGACCGCGCCUGCUCCAAAGGCGUCGGCGAAGUCCUUCGCGUCGCCACCGCAAUGGAGGUGACCCAACUGCAAAGCGUCCAAACGGAGUUGGAGGCCCGCGCGGUCGAGGUGGCCCAGGAAAAGGUCCAAGAGCACGGAUUAAACAUGCGAAUCGUCGAUGCGGAGUACCAAUUUGACCGCCGGAAGUUGACUUUUUUUUAUCAAGCCCAACAGCGGCUGGAUUUUCGGAAUUUAGUGAGGGAUUUGUACAAGACAUUCCGGGCGCGGAUUUGGAUGGAGCCGGAUACCUCGUCGUAG